GGUUCACUUGAUUAUACACCUGAUGAAAGAAAAAUUUUAGCUAAACGAUCUCAAUCAUAUGUAUGUUCAACAUGUAAUAAAACUAAUAGUCAAUUAUUAUUAUUACCAAUAUCAGAAAAAUCAAUUGAUAUUCAAAAACAAGCUAAAGUAUUAGCAAAUCAAAUUAAGUUUCAAAAGAAUUUUGAAACAACAUCGAAUAAUAGUAUAGUUCAUAAACCAUCAUUAAAUUCUAGUGAAUUACGAUCGAAUUCAUCAAAUCAAAUAUUAAUAUUAAAUGAAAAUAAUUCCAAUAAUAAUCUAUUAAAUAUUGUUAUAUAUGUUUGUUGUAUAAUAUUUUUAUUUCUCUUCUUACGACGAUUAUUUUUAACAUUUGGUAGUAGUCAACCAUUUCCAUCAUCAUUUACUGAUUUGUAA